CUGUCGCUCUUUUUUGACAAAAGUAGUACUACCCGUCGCUUCACAACACUACCAUUUCCCAUAUACUGUAUAUACAUUUAUUUCGCGCUUUCAUCAUCAUCAUCAUUCCCACCAAACAAGACACAUACUAAACUCACCAUCAUUUACACACACAUACACACAAACAGAUUGAAGAUGGUGGCAGGAAAUAAAGAGGCCAACCAAUAUAGUUCAACCAUUAGAAACUUAGGGAAAAGUCAACUAGGCGGUGUAAUUUUUGGUGCCACGAACACAACGUUCCAGGAAUGCCUUUCCAAGCAACUCUUUGGUCUACCAAGAGAGCACCUUGUGUAUGUUGAAAAAAUUGAUCCUGGAUUACCAUUGUUUCUCUUGAACUAUUCGGAUAGAAAAUUGCAUGGUGUUUUUGAAGCUGCUAGUCAUGGCCAAAAAAAUAUAGAUCCGUAUGCAUGGGCUGGUUACGCUUCACAAGGAACACGAUAUUCUGCUCAGGUUCAAGUGCGUCUAAGAUCAUCAGAUUCUCCACGCCAGCCGCUAAACGAGGAUCAGUUUAAGCCCAUCAUUGUGGACAACUAUUAUACUCCACAGCGUUUCUGGUUUGAGCUAGAUCAUGUCCAAACGAACCAAUUAUUGGCUUUAUUUUCUUCUCAACCAAUAUCUGUCUUCAAGUCAUACAAGAAAGUGGAAAAUCAGCCUAAAAGGAAAGAUCUUCGUACAAGUUUCAGUGGCAAGACUUUGAGUUUGGGUACACCAAAUAUUUCAAUAGGUACCAUUGGGAAAGAUGACAAGGAACCUGUAUACCUGAAGCAUGAAAAACUGGCUUCAAACUCUAAUCUCGUGCACCCACCUUCCUCUCGUGGAUAUGAACCCACAUGUAAAAAGGUAGACCAACCUUCCCCUGUAAAGAUGGACCAACCUCCUGCCCGUAAAGAUGAAACUGAUGCUGGUGUCAAGGCAUCCCAAGAUCCUAUUAUAGCUCAGUUGAUUAGAAAGAUAGAUAAUCUGAUUGCAAUUACAACAGAGCAAAAUCACACGAUCGGUUGUUUGGAAAUAGAGAUUACUUCCUUGGAGUAUAGUCUGACUGAAGCACAAAAGGAAAUUAGGAAUCUAAAAGACCGCUGUAGCACUAUAGAAAGUAUAGCAGGACUCUCUGUGGAAUCUGAUCCUAUAAAUGUGAAAACUUCAUCUGAAGAGUUGCAUUUGGAUAAUUCACCUGAAACAAGUGAUAUCAAUUUAGACUGUGAUGACUUGAUAUAUCUUGUUGGAGGAUAUGAUGGUAGAUCAUGGCUCUCAUCACUGGAAUGCUAUUCACCUUCACAGAAUCAGACUAGAUCACUUGCACCUAUGAAAACUGCUAGAUGUCAUGCUCAUGUUUCAAUAUUAAAUGGUCAACUUUAUGUGUUGGGUGGUGGAACUCGUGGUGAGUGGUAUGACACAGUUGAAUCAUAUGACCCAGUUGUGAAUGAGUGGACUGAUCGCCCUUCUCUAAAUGCAAAAAGAGGAAGCCUAGCUGGUGCUACCUUGAAUGGUAAGAUUUACGCAAUUGCUGGUGGGACUGAAAAUGAAUACUAUGCAACUAUUGAGAUGUUAGACCUUGACAUUGGAGUCUGGAUUCCAUCACGAUCGAUGCUUGAAAAGCGCUUUUCUUUGGCUGCAGCAGAACUCAAUGGGGCACUUUAUGCUGUUGGUGGUUAUGAUGGAAAAAACUACUUGAACACUGCUGCAAGGUUUGAUCCAAGAGAACAUUCUUGGACAAAGAUUGAGAGCAUGAACACAGUGAGGGGUUGCCCUUCUUUGGUCGUUCUAAAUGAAAAAUUAUAUGUUUUAGGGGGGUUUGAUGGUAGGGCAAUGGUUCCAAGUGUAGAAAUCUAUGAUCCUCGACGUGGGUCAUGGGUGAUCGGAGACUCGAUGAGUUACCCCAGGGGAUUUUCAGCUGCUGCAGUUGUUAAAGAAUCUAUCUAUAUCCUUGGAGGACUUAAAAGAGGGGACGACAUCAAUGAUACUGUUGAAUGCUACAAGGAAGGCCAAGGCUGGGAAACUUUUGACACGAAGGCUGGUAGCCGGAGAUGCUUUUUCUCGGCUGUUGCACGAUGAAGCAUGCAACUUGAAUACCAUAAUAAGAUGGUGGUCUUAGCUUGGAGCCUUAUGAUACAUGUAUAAUCUUCCAUACUCUAGCUCUCUAUGUGAAUCUCCACGUCUCCACGUUCCAAUUUUGGUUGCAAAUAUUAAUGACCUAGUUUAGGCUUGAA